UCUCUUUUCCAUUUAUCCGAAAGAGAGUAAAGACGUACAAAAUGUCGGAUCAAAAAGUCGUGAAUGGUGACGGACAUCCAGAACAUUACAAAGAAAUUCAUCAUCAUUAUGCAGAAGAAUGCAGUCAAGAUGAUAUCGGAACGUUUUUGUUUACUUCUGAAUCUGUAGGCGAGGGGCACCCAGACAAGAUCUGUGAUCAGGUCAGUGAUGCAAUCCUUGAUGCCCACUUGAAACAGGACCCUGAUGCUAAAGUUGCUUGUGAGACUGUCUCAAAGACAGGUAUGAUCCUGUGCUGUGGCGAGAUCACAUCAAAAGCCAAGGUUGACUACCAAAGUACCAUAAGAAAUACCAUCAAACAGAUUGGAUAUGAUGACUCCAGUAAAGGCUUUGAUUACAAGACAUGUAAUGUAUUGAUUGCCCUUGAAGAACAGAGUCCAGAUAUCGCAAGGGGUGUACAUGUUGACAGAGAUGAAGAUGAUAUUGGAGCUGGAGAUCAGGGUUUGAUGUUUGGGUAUGCCACAGAUGAGACUGAAGAAUGUAUGCCACUGACCGUUGUCCUCUCUCAUCAACUUAAUGCUAAAAUUGCACAGCUACGCAGAUCUGGAGACCUUGCCUGGGCAAGACCAGACACCAAAACACAGGUUACGAUUGAAUACAAAUAUGAUGAAGGUGCAUGCGUACCUAUUCGUGUUCACACUGUUGUUAUAUCCCUGCAACAUAAUGAAGAAAUUACAGUGGAAAAACUAAGAAAAGAAGUCAUGGAAAAAGUUGUAAAAGUUGUGAUACCCAAAAAGUAUCUGGAUGAUAAAACUAUUUUCCAUAUCCAGCCAUCAGGAUUAUUCAUCAUUGGAGGACCACAGGGUGACGCUGGUCUCACUGGCAGAAAGAUUAUUGUUGAUACAUACGGUGGAUGGGGCGCACAUGGUGGUGGUGCCUUCUCGGGUAAAGACUUCUCCAAGGUGGACAGAUCAGCAGCAUACGCAGCAAGAUGGGUGGCAAAAUCUCUAGUCAAAGCUGGUCUCUGUAGACGUGUUCUUGUUCAGCUGUCCUAUGCUAUUGGUGUUGCUCAGCCACUGUCUAUCACUGUACUUAGUUACGGAACAUCCAGCAAAUCAGAACAAGAAUUGUUGCAAAUUGUCCGCAACAACUUCGAUCUCAGGCCAGGUAGAAUUGUCAAGGACUUGAACUUAAAAAAUCCAAUCUACCAGAAAACAGCGUGCUACGGACAUUUUGGACGACCCGAGUUUACAUGGGAACAAGCUAAACCGUUGAACUUUUAAAUAAAGGAAACGUUAGCUGACAUUACACAUUCUUAUUUCAAUAUUCAAUUACAGUGGUAUAAUAUUAAGGUGCUUUAUUUAAUUGAUUUUAAUUAGGCAUAGCUUACGAUAAAGAGGGAAAUACUAAUGUUUGUUAACAUGGUUAUAUUAUAUGGUACCAGCACUGCAAUGAACUAUGUUUGCUGUUAUGUCGCGCAGAUUUUUAAUGUUGACUUUAUCAAAAUACGCAUGACAGUAUAGCCUGUCGAUCCCCCAGGGCCCAGUUUUAUCCGCGACCCUGGGGCGCCUCGCUCAGGCUUUGGAGAGAACAUCUACAGACCACAGUAGUUAGAGGGAUAGACUGACAACGGAUGUGAUACCAACGUCGUUAAACAUUAGAUGACGGAAAUUUCGAAAUAAAAUUGUUAAAUUGUAUAACAGAUUCACUAAUUCAGCUCUUGAAUCUCAGUUGGACAUCGUGUAUUCAUCUAGAUAUGUGCUGAAUUUGUGUUUGGUUAACAACUUAACAUGAAAAUUUGAAGGAAAAAAAACCCCUGAGUUAACUAUGUUUGUAGAAACUUUGUCAUAUCCGCCCUCAGUUUGCUUGGCCCUUUAGCUAGUGCAAAUGUGCAAUUGUCUAAACACAUUUGUCUUGUGUUUAUAGAAAUUAAUUGGAAAAGAGCACUCUUUAUAAACACUCGGGUCUGUGCUCCAUAUGUGCUCAAUUUAACAUCUUUGUUACAUUGUUCUGUAACCAAUCUAAAUUAUUGACCUAAACACUUGCUUUAAACAUGGUUCUUUGUAUAUAUUUAUAAAUAUAGUGUUUUGCAGUUUUUAUGUAAUUAAUGUAUUUUAUGCUAUGUGCACUCCCUACAUUUUUGUCAGAAUUGUACUUGAUGUUUUAUAUAAUGUUACACAUAUGUAUUGAUACAAAUAUCGAAACACAAAAAAAAAAUGAAUAAAUGGGUAAUGCUUCUUCAGUCAAUAUUUAUUGAUAUCAGUAUGUGCAACUCCUAUGAAAAUAUGUUAUGUGCAAACUGUUGUUUUAAAAUUUUAUGCUUUUACAUUUAGAUGUUGUGCUUUUAUAAAUGGGUCUCAUUCACUGCAAUAUCUUUGGAUGAAGGAAAUGAUCAUUUAGAAUGUGUGAGAGUUGAUACUGUUUUAACAGUAGUAUAACCAACGCCUUAUUACCUGCAUCUUGUGACUUUAAAAGGCACCUCUGCAGAAGUAAUGUGAUGCUCAAAAGCGAAUGCCAUUUUCUUUCAUUUCUUACCCUUGCCAUAUCGUGUUUAACAGUUCUAAAUUUUGAAUCGAUAGGAGUUACCAGUUUAUGAAUGUUAUUGAAUUUGUCUCAAGCUUUUAAAUUGUUGCAUGUUUAUUUCUAGUAGCCCUGUAAGGAAUACAAAAUGUAUGUUGAAUGCAAUUCUUUCUGCAAUACCUUCUACAUUCCUUCAUUUUAUUAAAGAAUUGUAGAACAGAUGUACUCUUGCCUUACAGAAAAAUAUUUAUGAAAAUUGGGUUGUUACCCAUGAACAUUUUUUGUGUAUUAAAAUUAAUAGCGUGGAAGUUGUGUAUGGUUUGGCUAGAUGGCGAUUGUACUAAACUGUCGGCAUUUGUUUUCGAUCAUAUUUCUGUCUAGUCUCAUCCAUCAGUCAUCGUGCUUCAGCUAUUGGUACACAUACACCAGAGAAUGGCAGCUUGUUUGAUAGCAGAUAUAACUGAACAGUACUAAAAAUACUGCCAAAGUCGUGUGUCUGACAGUAAAAUUUCAACCCCAAUAUUCUGCAAUAUUGAUCAAAUGUAAAUAUUUGCUUUUUCAUCUUGUACAGUAUACGGGUUGAGUUUUAUUGUUUUCAUACAUCAUUGAACUGUCACUUCCUAUCUGUUCAGAUAAACCAUUACUUCUUACAAUAAGUUUGAAGUUGUGGAUGAAUUGUUUUAUUUUUGUUGUAUCAAAAUGUUAUAGAAAUCCCUGUUCCAUUUUGUAUGUGGGAUCAAAAAAUCAGUGAUAAAAUAAAGUAGUAUAAAUUGAUAAA